GUCCUUUUAGCGUACGACAAUCAACAAUGUUUCUGAUUGCAUCUCUGUGGGUCGAUAUUUUUCUUAUUUUCCUGGCUGUCUGGGUCUUAUCUGGCAGUAAGGUGUUUGCUAUCAUACUAAGUAUUGUAGUUUGGGGAGCGUUGGAGUAUUUCAAACUGCCACUCCUUGAGAAAAGAAUCUCUGACAUAGUUUUAAAUACAGAUGAAAGUGGUCGUCUACCUAUUAUCGCCCACCGAGGAGGACAAACUGAUGCACCAGAAAACACAAUUGCUUCAUUUAGAGAGGCAAGGAGGAAUGGAGCACAGGCAGUGGAGUUAGACUUAGCAUUUACUAAAGAUGGCAUUGCUGUCCUUCUUCAUGACUUCACAGUUGAUCGUACAACUGAUGGAACUGGUUACAUCGAUGAACUAAUGUAUGAAGAUGUCAAAAAGCUGGAUGCAUCAUCAAAACAUGAAUUAAAGGACCAUUUUCCUAAUGAGGGUAUCCCAACCCUAGAAGAAGGAUUGGUUGAGUGUCUUGGCUUGGGGUUGAAAGUCUAUAUUGAUGUGAAAGGUGAUGCACAAAAGGCUGCUGUUGCAAUAACAGAUGUCUACCAGAAACACCCCUCCCUCUACACUAUGGCAAUUGUAUGCUCAUUCAAUCCACUAGUCAUAUAUGCUGUGAGAAGAGCUGACCCUGAUAUAAUCACAGGUAUGACUCACAGGCCAGGUAUAGUGGGCUACUGGUACCAGGAAGGGAACUAUGUCAUGAGAGAGUUUGUGUGCCCCAUCCUUGACAUUGUGCUGGAGUGGAGCCAAUAUCACUGGUUGUGGUACGUCAUGGGUAAUUCAGCAUUCCUAGCCAGAGAUGAUCAAAUCUCCAAGAGAUUUGUGAACUUUUGGAAAGAACGAGGUAUUAGAGUUGUUGUGUGGACUGUGAAUGACCCGCAUGAAAAAGAAUACUAUUCUCAGGUCCUUAACAUUGCCUACAUAACUGACACGCUGAAGUAGCCUAUAUCCCUGACACACAGAAGUAGUUUACAUCUCUGACACUGAGGUAGCCUACAUCACAGACUCACCAAUGUAGACUACAUAAUUGACACGCUGAAGUAGUUUACAUCACUGACACUAGAAGUAGCUAGAAGUAGCCUACAUCACCGACACAUUGAAGAGCUUGGUGGCACUAUAGUGUAAAUUAGUCCCUUUGUAACAGGCAAUGAGUACUUUGAUUUUAGCAUUAAGGGACUGUUAGAUCUUUUUGGUACAAGAAUAUUAAUAGUAUCUGUUUAAUACUAGUACUAGGCUAAUACAGCUGAUGUAGUAUAUAGGCAAACAAAACAGCUGUUUAAAUGUAAAAUUUAACACAGCUGUUUUAGUAUAUAAUCUAACAGACAUUUACACUUUACAAUUAGAAUAUCACUAACAGUACAUAUGCAAUACAUUCAUUAGUUUUAUUAGAAGAGUUGUGAACUCUAGUGAAAAGCACUCAAUGCUUCCAAAUUAUAUCAACCACUAGUAUUAAUCAAUAUAUAUUAAUUAUAUUAAUAUUAAUCAGAUAUAAUAUUAAUAUAUAUUAUAUUAAAAUUAAUCAAUCUUGACACUGAUGACUAGUAUUGUAGAAUGUACAAGUAAGUCAGCCAAGGGGGUCAGAAUAGAUCAUUCCAAGUAUACAAUACAUGCACAAUAUAUGAGAUUAUAAUGAUAAUGAUAUACUAUGAGGUAAAAUUACAUGCACUCUCAGACACACAGGAGUAUCUAAAUUGUGUAUUGUUUUCAUUAACUGUUCCAUUUCACUUGUUAAAUUGUUUAUUGAAUAAGAAUUAUAUUCUAUUAUAUAAUUAAUAGUGUACAAACAACAACUUAACAAUGUGUAACACAUGGUAAUAAUACUGUUUUAUGAAAGUGAAUGUUUCCUGUUUUAGCAGAAAGUCGUUUAUGCCUUUUUGGCCUAUAUAGCAGUCUUUGAAUGGGCUCAUCUUUCCAUUAUUUUGGACUACAAGUUCUCAUACACAUUUUAUGUAGAAAUUAAUCUAGCAUAAUAUUUUAUAUUGUACAAAAAAUUUUGGAUUAAUAAAUAUUAUAUUUAAUUUGACAUUCACACUUCCAACCAGCUUUGUUUCAUUCAACCCAUAGGGAUAGUAUAUCAACUGAUGUUUUUGUGAAAUAUUUUUACUAGAGCUAGAGGUAAGUUUUUAGUAUCACUCUCAUUCUUGCUGCUUGAUACCUCAGGAUAUUCAACAGCAGCCUGAUACUACCUAGAGUUGUUGGAGCAAGUUAGCCUUACCUUAUAAUUUCCCUGAUAACAAAACAAUUCUAGAGCCCUCCAUUCAGUUGACUGUCAAAAUUAUAUCCUCCCACUGUAAACCUCAACCAUAAGAAUAUAAUUUUAACAGUCAACCUCAAGAUAGGUCAACAAUCGUAUAUUACCCAACUGUUAUAGGCUUUAUUGAUUGAUAACAGAAUAUCAUUAUGUUUAUUGAUUCAUAAAAUAGAAGCUUUAUUUUACAUAUACAAGGGAUAUGUACAUUAUUAUUAUAGUUUAUGACUCACUCCUUCAACAAGAAAUUCUUUACAUACC